AACAAACCGGAGAACAAAGUAUUAAAAAUAAAAAUUCCAAAUUGUUUAUCUUUUCGACAACCUGUUUAUUAAUUCAAAAAAUGAGUUCGAUGAUAAUCCAAUAGUGAACAGUAAACGAGUUGCGAGAGAAUAUAGUUCGCUUGCAUCGAAUUUCUGAUUUACUGAUUUCCUCAUACAGACAUAUUAAAUUAAUUAUCAUUUUCACAAAACGCGAAACAGAGAUUUAUUUACUAAUUAUCGGUAUCACAGAGGAUCUAACCGUACAUAUCAAAUAAAUUACGAUUACCGUUCAGUCAAUUUUUAAUAACAGCCGUAUGCAACGUUUAGUGUAAACAAGGAUGAAAAAGAAAAAUAUCCAUUCCAUGGUAAUAAAAUGGACGUGAAGUCAUAAUUUUCAAUCGAAUGAUUCCAUUUGAUCGAACGAGAAACGAUACCGUAACUCUAUUUCAAUGGUUAACUUUAUUUCGAAGUGAGCAGCGAACUGCUCCCUUUUAUGAUUAUUAUAUGUAAAUCGAACGAAUUAAUUGAUUAUGGGUAUAUUAAUGCGUAUUGUUAUUUGUUUGAAGGCGAAUGAUCGAAUCGCAUGAAUAAUUUUUUGAGUGAUUAGAAAGGAGAGAGAGAGAGAGAGAGAGAGAGAGAGAGAGAGAGAGAGAGAGAGAGAAUUAAAAAGAAAGAAAAAGAUGAAAUGAAUAAUAUGAAAUGAUACUUAUCGAUUUCUUUUAUUUAUUAUAUUGAAUAGUAUUUUUGAAAUUCAAUGCCACUACUUUGAAUUUGAAUGGUGUUAGUAUAUUAUUAAACGUAGUCUACGAAUGGAAAAUAACGAAUGAUUUCAUAGUUACUUCUGCAUUAUUCCUCUCUCUCUCUCUCUCUCUCUCUCUCUCUCUCUCUCUUUCUCUCUAUCUAUUUAUCUAUCUAUCUAUCUAUCUAUCUAUCUAUUUAUUUAUCUAUAUAGUUUUCUCUCUCCUUCUUUUAAUGAUCAUCAUAAAAUGUAUAACUAAAGUCUAUAUUAGGUUCUUAUAACUAGCGUUGAGAGACGGCAGAGAGAGAGAGAGAGAGAGAGAGAGAGAGAGAGAGUGUGUGUGUUAAACAAUCAUGAACAAAAAUAGUUAUAUAUAUAAAAGGUGGACUUAAGAAAUUAUGUUGGGUCGCCUAUAGUAUCUUGUUUUUAUGAUUUGUAUGUUAAAUAUAUUAAUAAGCUAUGUCCUUGAAUACUAAAGAGCUGUAAGUUUAUGGUGGGAUGAACUAUGAAUUAGUGGGGAGUUCUAUUAUCGUUAAUGAUCAUAUUUUAUUCACUUCUUUAGUUCUUUUUAAACUGUAAGAAAGGAAAUACUAGCAGUAAUACUGUUCUUUUCAAUUAGUCUGUGAACAAUUAAAGCAGUGACUAUCAUUCUUCCCUUCGUUCUCUAUUUCUGUUUUUUUUUGGAGAAUCUGUUUUUCUUCCUUAAAAUUUAAAAUGGAUUUAUUAAAUACAUUAUUUUAUUUUAUACAAUUCGUUGAUCCACGAUUAAAAAACUGGAUAAUAUUUAAUUCACCGUAUCCAGUUAUUUUUAUUCUAUUUUUAUAUCUUUAUUUUGUUCUCGUCUAUGGACCGCAAUUCAUGAAGAACAGAAAGCCGUAUACAUUGCGAACAUUCAUAAAAUGUUAUAAUAUAUUUCAAAUAAUGGCAAACAGUUUAAUCAUAUAUAAAUUAUUAAAAAGUGGUUUCAUAUCAAGCAUAUUAUCGAGUAAUUGCGAACCUAUUUCUUACAAGGCAGACUCUACUGAUACAGAGAUAUUAGAAGGCUGCUGGUGGGUGCUAUUAACAAAAAUGAUCGACCUAGUUGAAACAGGAAUAUUUGUAUUACGAAAGAGAAAUCGUCAGAUUUCAUUCUUGCAUUUGUACCAUCAUAUCUCAACGUUGAUAAUCUCUUGGUUGUUCGGAAAACACUAUAUCGAUAAAAGAACUGUUUUUAUACCUUUCAUGAAUUGUAGCAUUCAUGUAGUGAUGUACAGUUAUUAUUUUUUUACUACGUUCGGACCAAAUGUCCGAAAAAUAAUCAAUCGAUAUAAAUUCAUACUUACCAUCAUUCAAAUGGUACAAUUCAUAAUAUUGAUAUGUUUCAUCUGGAAAAAAGGGAUAAAGAACUGUGAAUUUGCCAUUAUUCCUAGUUACGUGAUGAUUAUCAAUCUAUUAAUUAAUUUUAUUUUGUUUUAUAAUUUCUAUGAAAAAAAUUAUUCUAUUACAAAUACGAAGAAAUAUUAAUCUAAAUAUAAACUGUUAACAUUUAUCAUUUAUUAUUUUUAUAUAAAAUGAUAUGAAAGUUAAUUUUAAUUUAGUUAGAAAAUGUUAUUUUCUACUAUCAACUCGAUAUAUAGCGGAGGAAGAUAUAAGAUAUUGAUAGAGUAGACUAGGCAGAAAGAGAGAGAGAGAGAGAGAGAGAGAGAGAGAGAGAGAGAGAGAGAGAGAUCUAAUAAGUUAGUAUAUAAUAAAC